AUGUCCGCCCUGCCCAGUAACGACCUCCGCAGUGCAGCCAAACCAUUCCUUCGGGAGAAGAAUCACAACAAGAAGUGGGCGAGAGGAGCUCAAGAGCCUCCAGAACAUCACUGCCACAAGCACACGUACCCUGAAGACAACUGCCGCAAAUGCAUGGGCAGACCGAAUCGUCGAGAUCAGGAUCGGAGAGUCGGCCGAUCAGAGGCCAAACAAAAGCAUGAUCUUCAGAACAAGCUGAGCGGCCACGCUGCGACCCUGGCUCGCAAGGCUUUCCGCAAUGAGGUGGUUGAUGCCAUGGACGGUCCGCUGGCAAACGUCUCCGAUGCUUCUGAGGAAGAGGAAGUCCCGGACGCGUCUGAAGCGCCCAUCCCCGCUGAAGGAGACUUCAUGUAUAGCUAUGAUCACGCGACAGGACCGCGGGCUGGUGGUGACAUCCUCAGCCAGGCCAUCAUCCAAGCUGUCCGACGAUUCGAAAGCAACGAGACCGAGAAACUCGUCAACACAGAAUACAACGUCAUUGACGAUAAGGAAAUGGCCGAGAUUUCUACCGACGAGGACGACGAUUUUGAGCUUGUCGACUACUCUCAUUUGAAGUAA